AUGGCGUCGAGCGAGGAGAUGAGAAUACUGAAAGACACGACGACGAAGCUGAGGGAGUGCGCGAAGCGAGGCGCGGCGGCGACGGCGGUGGAUCUGCUCGUCGGACUGGGACGGGAGGGGGUGACUCCGGACGCGUUCGCGGCGACGGCGUGCAUAUCGGCGUGCGUGAACGGGAAAAACAUGGAAUUGGCGCAAAAAGUGUACGAUGAGAUAUUUGAAAAGGAAGUGUGCGCGCCGGAUGAGGUGGCGGUGGCGGAGUUGGCGAAAGGGUAUCUGAAUAUGGAUCCGCCGGGUUGGGGACGAGCGAUGCAACUCGUCAACGGCGCGCGGGAAAAGCAUGACAUCGCGCUGACGAGCGUCACGUAUAACGUGCUGUUGAAUUGCUGCAGCGCGUCGAAUGAUUUACUGCGGGCGGAGGAAAUCGUCGAUCGCAUGGUUGAUGAGGACGUGGUGGCGGAUAUGUGGACGCUCAAGGCUGUGGAGAAGCGUCGAGCGAUUCGAGCCUACGUGAAAAAACAGUUGCUCGUUUGA